AUUACCAUAAAGUAACGCCUAAAGUAACGUACUGUGAACAAGGUGAAGAGUAACUGUACAAGGAUAUUCUUGAACAGGAAGGAGUGUGUUGUAAGUUUAUUAAUAACGGCCCAUCCGCGCUUUCAAACACUCAAGAGUUCGGAACCCUGGACAGGACGGAUAUAAUUGCAUUUACUUUCAAUAAAUCAUUCAAUGAAAUCUUUAAAUUUUGACUUGUAAACGACGGAGCUUGAUGUAAAAAAAAUUGAACCGUAAAAAUACUGAAACAAUCCGUCGCAUACACUUUCUUAAUUAUGAGGUCAAAUUGUGUUAUCAAGUUAGUGUCAUCUGUUUAUGCUCACACACGGAACGUCUAUUUAUAUGAACAACUAUAUACACACAUUAUCAUAUCAAGGAAUAUGUCUUCUGCAACAAAACUGCCUAAGGUUUUUGUAACCCGGAAAGUUCCGGAGGAUGGGAUUAAUUACCUGAGGAACAAAGCUGAGGUAACACAAUGGGAUUCAGAUGAUGCUAUACCAAGGGAAGAACUCAAGAAAAGGGUCAAAGGGAUUGAUGGCCUCUUCUGCCUUCUUACGGAGAAAGUUGAUGCAGAAAUACUUGAUUGUGCAGGUCCAAGCCUCAGGGCCGUCAGCACAAUGUCAGUUGGAUACGAUCACGUGGACGUUAAAGAGUGUAACAAACGUGGUAUUCCAGUGGGAUUUACACCAAACGUGUUGACCAGUGCAACAGCCGAGUUGACCGUGACAUUGUUACUUACAGUUUCCAGAAGAAUAAAAGAAGGUAUCCAGGCUGUGAAAGACGGUAGUUGGGGUACUUGGAAGCCAUUAUGGCUCUGCGGACAAGGUUUGGACGGAGCGACAGUUGGGGUCAUUGGUCUUGGAAGAAUUGGGUUUGCAGUAGCGCAGCGAUUAAAACCAUUUGGUGUAGCGAAAAUCCUUUACGCUGACGCCGAAGAGAAGGAUUAUGCAAGUCAACUUCCGGCGGAAUAUGCAGAUUUAGACAAGCUUCUUGAAGAGUCAGAUUUUGUUCUUGGUUGCUGCGCGCUUACUAAAGAUAAUAUUGGUCUUAUGAACUCGUCGGCAUUUAAGAAAAUGAAGAAAACUGCUGUUUUUAUAAAUACAAGCCGUGGUGGACUAGUUAAUCAGGAGGACUUAUACCAAGCUCUUAAAUCUGGAGAGAUUUUAGGGGCGGGGCUUGACGUCACUACUCCUGAGCCACUCCCAACUGAUCAUCCGCUCCUGUCAUUGGACAAUUGUGUAGUAUUACCACAUAUUGCUAGUGCGACACUAAAGUCUAGGAACGCAAUGUCAGAGUUGUGUGCAAGAAACAUUAUAGAAGCUUUAAAUGGUAACCCUAUGCCAGCCGAAGUGAAAUAGGGGAAAUAUUUAUUUUACAGUGCGCAUGGAUUAUUUAAAUCAUUAGCUAGAAAGUUGUAACUAGAUUGUUGAAUAAAUAAUUACAUAAUU